AUGGGCGAGGACAUCAAGAGUGGCGAGUAUAUUGGUGAAUAUACUGGCGAGGCCAUCUCGGUCAAAGAAGGCGAUCGCCGAGUGACGAUAUACGACUACCAGAAGACGAUGUAUCUGUUUCGUCUAAACUCGAAGCAAGAAGUUGAUGCGACAUACAUGGGUAAUAAACUACGCUUCAUCAACAAUGCCGACGACAAGUACACGAACUGCGGCCCCAAGAACUUGCUGUGCAACACAGUCUUUCGCAUCGCGCUCUUCGCCACCAGAGACAUCAAGGCAGGCACCGAACUGUUCUUCAACUACAACUAUCCCAAGGAGAAAACAGAGCAAUUCAAACAGCCUAAUGCCAAGAUCGUGGCGGUCAAACAGACCAAGCAAAAGACGAAGAAAAGGGAAUCACUCACCAGUCUGAGCCAACCCAUCGAGGACCGCUCACGUAUCCUUGCCGCCACAGCAAAAGCCAGAGAGGCAAAAGCAGCGAAGCGGAAAGAGGCCAUGCUGCAAGAGGGCGCCGUGGAGCCGGCCACAAGAAGGCGCUCUGGAACACUUCAGGCACGAAAGGCAGCUACGAGCAAACCCGGACGCAAGGCAGUGCGAAAGUCCAAGCGCGGAGGGCUCAAUAGGAACGAGUCCACAGGUUCAGAUACGGGCAUGGAUGUAGAGGCAAGCGACCCCGAAAUCCCCGAAAUCCCCCCUGUCAUUGAGUCGCAGAGCACUCAGACUAGUCUGUACGUCCAGGACACGGAGGCGGAAGACGACGAGUUCAUCUUGCCGGAUACCCAGGAAGACGAAGAACAGGAUGUGGCUGAGCCGGCCUCUGAGGACGAUGAACCGCCCGGUCGAUCUACGAGGUCUCGUCGUGGGCCUGGUCGACCACGUAGGAGGGGGUCGGAUGUGGCGCCGGUGGUUGCGGUCAAGCAGGCGGUUAAGCAGGCGGUCAAGCAGAAGAAGUCGAAGAUGGGUGGUGCACGACCAGGUGCUGGCAGGAAGAGAAAACGACCCGUUAUUGCUAACAGCGAUGAUGAGUGA